AUGGCCAUCCUUCAAAUAUCUCAAGGCCUCGGCCUGUGGGUUUGUGUGCUCAUUGCCGCAACAUAUGGUUACCAUGAACAGGUCAUCCCAGAUACUUACCCUACCCAUGAUGAUGGCGGAUAUGGCCAAACACAUGGCGGAUAUGAUCAAUCACAUGUCGGCGGCGGAUAUGAUCAGUCACAUGUCGGCGGCGGAUAUGAUCAGUCACAUGUCGGCGGCGGAUAUGAUCAGUCACAUGUCGGCGGCGGAUAUGAUCAGUCACAUGUCGGCGGCGGAUAUGAUCAGUCACAUGGCGGUGGCGGAUUUGAUCACUCAUAUGGCGGAUCUGGAGGCGACAAAACACACUGCUGUGAAAAUGCUGACCUGAUCAACGGCCGCUGCGUGUGUAAGGCCAACUACCACGGACACAGCACACAUCCAUGUGACAAACCAUGCUGGGGGAAAUGUGGAAAAAAUACGGAGUGUAACCUAAAAGAUUUUAAAUGUUACUGUGAUGAAGGUUUCAUCGGGGACCCGUAUCAAGGCUGUGAAUUGCCUUGUGGCGGCAAAUGUGCCUCGAACGCUUAUUGUGACAGUGUAAGCAACACUUGUCGCUGUAACGCUGGUCUGAUUGGUGACGCCACAGUAAAAUGUUACGAACCUUGCGGAGGAAAAUGUAAAUCCAAUGCUUACUGCAGAGAAUCCGACAACACAUGCGUAUGCAACAGUGGUUAUAUUGGAAAUCCAUUGAAAGGCUGCAACAAACCAUGUGAUGACAAAUGUAAGAAGAACUCAUACUGUAGUCCUACAGACAACAAAUGCUACUGUAAUAAGGGAAUGGUCGGAAACCCUUACAAGGAAGGAUGUGAUAUUCCAUGCGGAGGAAAAUGUGUCGCCAACGCUUACUGCAGACAAAGGGACAAUAAGUGUUACUGUAAAGACGGAUAUGUCGGAAACGGAUACGAAAAAUGUGGCAGGCCCUGUGACGAUGCCUGUAGACAGAAUUCCUACUGUAACAAGAAAGAUAACAAAUGUUACUGUAAUAAAGGAUUCAUCGGGAACCCAACUGUCGGCUGCGAACGUCCCUGUGGAGGAAAAUGUGGAUCCGGUGCUUUCUGUGAUGACGAUGUCAACAAGUGUAAAUGCAAGAAAGGACUGGUUGGUGAUCCUUACGUCAACUGUGGCAAGCCAUGCGAUAACCAAUGCAAAAAGAACGCCUUCUGUAACAGCAACAACGAAUGCGAGUGUAACCCAGGAUUUGUCGGAAAUCCAUUGAAAGGAUGUGAUCGUCCAUGUGGUGGCAAAUGCAAGGCAAAUGCUUUCUGUGAUUCCAACACCAAUACUUGCAAGUGCAACAACGGAUACAUCGGUGAACCAUUGAAAAAAUGCUUAUUACCGAGCGUAUUUGAGUUUGUGCAACACAGCUACACCGUUUCAGAAAGUGAUGGCUCAGUCACUAUCGAAAUAAGGAGGUCAAAAGGUACCGAAGGUACGUACAAUGUUGCAUGGGAGGCAACUGAUGGAUCAGCUACAAGACCAGCAGACUACGGUAGUGGCCAAGGAAGUGUCACAUUUAAGACUGGGGAGGAAACCGAAACAUUUAAUAUCAAAAUCACUAACGAUAAGACGUACGAGACUGCUGAGUCUUUCACAGUAUCCAUUACGGCCAUCAGUUCAGAAGGUCUUCAUGGUGUACUGACCACCACGACCGUUAACAUCAAUGACAACGACGUGCCAUGUGGAGGACCAUGUGGAUCAAAUGCUCGCUGCGAUGCCGCAUCAAACAAAUGUGUUUGUCUCACCGGAUACAUUUUAUUCAAGGAAUCAUGCAGUCUUCCAUGCGGAGGACCAUGCCGACCCAACGAACGUUGUGACCGUUCAUCCAACAAAUGUGUUUGUAACUCAGGAUACGUGGUAUUCCAUGGAUCAUGCGUCUUACCAUGCGGAGGCCCAUGCGGUCCUAACUCGCGCUGUAACAGGGACUUAAACAGAUGUGAAUGCAACAAAGGAUACUUUGAUUACCAUGGAUCAUGUGUCUUGCCAUGCGGAGGACCAUGUGGACCCAACUCACGUUGCGACACAGUCAGUAACAAGUGUGUCUGUAACACAGGAUACUUUGUCUACCACGGAUCAUGUGUCUUGCCAUGCGGAGGACCAUGUGGACGUAACGCUUACUGUGACAAAUCCAGAAACCAGUGCGUCUGUAGUUCAGGAUACGUGCUUUUCCAAAGACAAUGUACUCGACCAAGCACAGUACAGUUUGUCCAAUCAAGCAUCUCAGUCAGUGAAAGUUCUGGAACUGUAUCAAUUGAGGUAUCAAGAACUGGUGGAACCAGUAGCUCAGUGACGGUGUCCUGGUCAACCCGAGAUAUAUCUGCUUCUUUCGGAAGUGACUAUAAGCAAAAUCAGGGAUCAUUUACAUUCACAAGUGGUCAGACAACCCGUACAUUCUCCAUUGGAAUUGUAAACGACAAGGUGUAUGAACAAUCAGAGACAUUCUCUGUAACCCUGAGCGUACAAUCUUCUCAAUCAACCAUUGUCAGCGUCGGAAGCCCUAGAACUGCUACAGUCACCAUCACGAAUGAUGAUCAACCAUGUGGUGGCCCAUGUGGACCAAACGCCCGCUGUGAUAUGGCUUCACAAAGAUGUGUAUGUAACACUGGAUACUUCCUUUACCACGGAACCUGUACAUUACCAUGCGGAGGACCAUGUGGACCCAACUCACGCUGCGACAGAGUCAGUAACAAAUGUGUCUGUAAUACCGGAUACUUUGUCUACCACGGAUCAUGUGUCUUGCCAUGUGGAGGACCAUGUGGACCCAACUCACGUUGCGACAGAGUCAGUAACAAGUGUGUCUGUAACACAGGAUACUUUGUAUACCAUGGAUCAUGUGUCUUGCCAUGCGGAGGACCAUGUGGACCCAACUCACGUUGCGACAGAGUCAGUAACAAAUGUGUCUGUAACACCGGAUACUUUGUGUAUCACGGAUCAUGUGUCUUGCCAUGCGGAGGACCAUGUGGACCCAACUCACGUUGCGACAGAGUCAGUAACAAGUGUGUUUGUAACACAGGAUACUUUGUCUACCACGGAUCAUGUGUCUUGCCAUGUGGAGGACCAUGUGGAUCAAAUGCUCGCUGCGAUGCCGCAUCAAACAAAUGUGUUUGUCUCACCGGAUACAUUUUAUUCAAGGGAUCGUGCAGUCUUCCAUGUGGAGGACCAUGCCGACCCAACGAACGUUGUGACCGUUCAUCCAACAAAUGUGUUUGUAACUCAGGAUACGUGGUAUUCCAUGGAUCAUGCGUCUUACCAUGCGGAGGCCCAUGCGGUCCUAACUCACGCUGUAACAGGGACUUAAACAGAUGUGAAUGCAACAAAGGAUACUUUGAUUACCAUGGAUCAUGUGUCUUGCCAUGCGGAGGACCAUGUGGACCCAACUCGCGUUGCGAUAGAGUCAGUAACAAGUGUGUCUGUAACACCGGAUACCUUGUCUACCACGGAUCAUGUGUCUUGCCAUGCGGAGGACCAUGUGGACGUAACGCUUACUGUGACAAAUCCAGAAACCAGUGCGUCUGUAGUUCAGGAUACGUGCUUUUCCAGAGACAAUGUACUCGACCAAGCACAGUACAGUUUGUCCAAUCAAGCAUCUCAGUCAGUGAAAGUUCUGGAACUGUAUCAAUUGAGGUAUCAAGAACUGGUGGAACCAGUAGCUCAGUGACGGUGUCCUGGUCAACCCGAGAUAUAUCUGCUUCUUUCGGAAGUGACUAUAAGCAAAAUCAGGGAUCAUUUACAUUCACAAGUGGUCAGACAACCCGUACAUUCUCCAUUGGAAUUGUAAACGACAAGGUGCAUGAACAAUCAGAGACAUUCUCUGUAACCCUGAGCGUACAAUCUUCUCAAUCAACCAUUGUCAGCGUCGGAAGCCCUAGAACUGCUACAGUCACCAUCACGAAUGAUGAUCAACCAUGUGGUGGCCCAUGUGGACCAAACGCCCGCUGUGAUAUGGCUUCACAAAGAUGUGUAUGUAACACUGGAUACUUCCUUUACCACGGAACCUGUACAUUACCAUGCGGAGGACCAUGUGGACCCAACUCACGCUGCGACAGAGUCAGUAACAAAUGUGUCUGUAAUACCGGAUACUUUGUCUACCACGGAUCAUGUGUCUUGCCUUGCGGAGGACCAUGUGGACCCAACUCACGUUGCGACAGAGUCAGUAACAAGUGUGUCUGUAACACAGGAUACUUUGUAUAUCACGGAUCAUGUGUCUUGCCAUGCGGAGGACCAUGUGGACCCAACUCACGUUGCGACAGAGUCAGUAACAAAUGUGUCUGUAACACCGGAUACUUUGUCUACCACGGAUCAUGUGUCUUGCCAUGCGGAGGACCAUGUGGACCCAACUCACGUUGCGACAGAGUCAGUAACAAGUGUGUUUGUAACACAGGAUACUUUGUCUACCACGGAUCAUGUGUCUUGCCAUGUGGAGGACAAUGUGGACGUAACGCCUAUUGUGAUAAAUCCAGAAACCAGUGCGUCUGUAACUCGGGAUAUGUUCUUUUCGAACGAGCCUGUACCCAACCAUGUGGUGGCCCAUGUGGACCAAACGCCCGCUGUGAUUUGACUUCACAGAGAUGUGUAUGUAACACUGGAUACUUCCUUUACCAGGGAACCUGUACAUUGCCAUGCGGCGGACCAUGUGGACGUUGCGACAGAGUCAGUAACAAGUGUGUCUGUAACACUGGAUACUUUGUAUAUCACGGAUCAUGUGUCUUGCCAUGCGGCGGACCAUGUGGACCAAACUCCCGUUGCGACCGAGUCAGUAACAAGUGUGUCUGUAACACCGGAUACGUUGUAUAUGGCGGAUCAUGUGUCUUGCCUUGCGGAGGACCAUGUGGACCCAACUCACGUUGCGACAGAGUCAGUAACAAGUGUGUCUGUAACACCGGAUACUUUGUCUACCACGGAUCAUGUGUCUUGCCAUGCGGAGGACCAUGUGGACCCAACUCACGUUGCGACAGAGUCAGUAACAAGUGUGUUUGUAACACCGGAUACUUUGUAUACCACGGAUCAUGUGUCUUGCCAUGCGGAGGACCAUGUGGACCCAACUCACGUUGCGACAGAGUCAGUAACAAGUGUGUUUGUAACCCCGGAUACCUUGUCUACCACGGAUCAUGUGUCUUGCCCUGUGGUGGACCAUGUGGACGUAACGCCUACUGUGACAAAUCUAGAAACCAGUGCGUCUGUAACUCAGGAUACGUUCUUUUCGAACGAGCAUGUACCCAACCAUGUGGUGGUCCAUGUGGACCAAACGCCCGCUGUGAUUUGAGUUCACAGAGAUGUGUAUGUAACACUGGAUACUUCAUUUACCAUGGAACCUGUACAUUGCCAUGCGGCGGACCAUGUGGACCCAACUCACGUUGCGACAGAAUCAGUAACAAAUGUGUCUGUAACACAGGAUACUUUGUCUAUCACGGAUCCUGUGUCUUGCCUUGUGGAGGACCUUGUGGACCUAACGCUCGCUGUGACCGUUCAUCCAACGAAUGUGUCUGUAACACAGGAUACUUUGUGUACCAUGGAACUUGUACUCGACCAUGUGGUGGACCAUGUGCACCCAACUCACAUUGCGACAGAGUCAGUAACAAGUGUGUCUGUAACACCGGGUACUUCGUCUACCACGGAUCAUGUGUCUUGCCUUGCGGAGGAAAAUGCAGACCUAACUCUCAUUGCGACAGAGUCCGAAACCAAUGCGUCUGUAACUCAGGAUACUUCCUUGUACAAUCAUCCUGUAUUCAACCAUGUGGUGGCCCAUGUGGACCAAAUGCCCGGUGUGAUAUGGCUUCACAGAGAUGUGUAUGUAACACUGGAUACUACCUGUACCACGGAGUCUGUACAUUGCCAUGUGGAGGACCAUGUGGACCCAACUCACGUUGUGACAGAGUCAGUAACAAAUGUGUCUGUAACACAGGAUACUUUGUCUAUCACGGAUCAUGUGUCUUGCCAUGUGGAGGACACUGUGGACCAAACUCUUAUUGUGACAAGAACAGUAACCAAUGUGUCUGUAACACCGGAUACGUUCUGUACCACGGAUCGUGUAGUUUACCAUGUGGAGGACCAUGUCGUUCCAACUCACAUUGCGAUAGAGGCAGCAACCAAUGUGUCUGUAACACUGGAUACUUCCAAUACCACGGAUCAUGUGUCUUGCCAUGCGGAGGACCCUGUGGGCCAAACUCCUAUUGUGACAAGGGCACUAACCAAUGUGUUUGUAACUCAGGAUAUUUCUUGUACCAUGGAUCUUGUACUCUGCCAUGUGGAGGACCAUGUGGACCAUACGCCUACUGCAACAAAGGAACCAACCAGUGUGUCUGUAACUCAGGAUACCGUCUUUAUCAUGGAGUAUGCUCCCUGCCUUGUGACGGAGCUUGUGUUUUCAAUGCCUACUGUGACCACUCCUCAAAUACAUGUAAAUGUAACCCAGGACUUUUAGGAGACCCCACAAAGAAAUGCGGAAUUCCAUGUGACGGACGAUGUGGAUCCUACUCACACUCCCACUGUGACCACAGCGUCAACAAAUGUGUAUGUGACACUGGAUACACCGGAAACCCAUACGGAAGUGUCGGAUGUGUAUGUAAUGGCCGGACACAGUGGAGGAAGUGGUGGAAUGGGCGGAAGUCACGGAAGCCACGGAAGUGGUGGUUACGUACCCCCACAAGGACAUUACUAAACUGAUGAUAUGUUAUUGAGCCGAUCGCCUUACCUACCUGAUUUUAUGACAUAAGUUUAGUUAAUAAAAUAUUUUAGCAAGCAUAAUAAA